ACAUGAUUUGAUUUUGCUUCUUAAAUCAGGAAUUCGAACAGACGAUCAUAUUAGAAAGAUUCUUACAAAACUGUAAGAGUAUAAGAAGCGCUCCAUAAUUCUGCGCCGAAAACGCUUUUUUGUUGACGAUGUUUUCGGUUAUCACAGAAAAACAGCAGCACUGCCGGGCGAAUGUGCCUUUAUUGGAAUAUAUGUUUAGCUUUGAAAUGAUUGCUGUACGAUCGAUCACAGUUGUUUUGGAAAAUUGUCAUCAGACUUCUCACAAGUGCAAUAAUCAAAAGGAUAAAAUGUCCCGAACAGAUGUCAACGGCAUUAACGAAUUCCCAUAAAAAUUUUGGACGCGUGAAAGUAAAACAGUAGCUGUUGGGUUUUUUUUUCCAUUCCAAGCCAUACAGAUUAUGGACGUCGGCCUAACCGAUAAGUGCUAAGGCGACCUGCCCCAUAAAUUCCGGUACCUCUGUACAAAGAGGAGACCAUACCAAUCGGGCAUGGACAUCACUGGGGCAGAAAUAGAUCCCAUCCAAAAUUUUUACGCGUGCGUGCAGAAUGCUGCAGAAGCAUUAAAACAACUGGAAUGCCAAAUAUCCUCCGAAGAGAUUGAGCAGGAAGUUUUGGAAAGAAGAUUGGAUUAUUACCGUCGAUUUGUAACGGAACACUUUUGUCCAGCCGUUUCGACUGAAGAUAAACAGAUAUCCACAGAUUACCAGCAAGAGGUCAUGAAAAUAGAUCGGACAACCGUUGGAACUUCUACUUCUUCUGUGGCAAAAUUCGAAGUAGCCUCAGCGGUGCAGACCAAAUCACUGCCCCAAUUUGUAGAUCAACACGUCCAGUGUUUGCCUUCCGAUGAGAAGGCAGCUUCGAAUAUGCGCCUUGAUAACCAACACCAUGAAAGUGGCCAGAUGAAGUUCAUACAGCUACCUCAAUCAAGUUCCAGUGACUUAAUGCUUGACGAGUUCCCUAACCAACUAGCGAAUUCUCGCAAAAACGUUCGAAGUCUAAAAAAGAAUAAUUUCCUAUCACAGUGUUUGCGAAAAAUGUUUCACCUUCAAAAGAAACCAGGUUUUAAUAAAGGCAUUGCGUGAAAA